AUGCGAACUUCGUCAUCGCAUACGACUCGAGUGCCGCCCGACGACCCUCAGCAAGACAAUGGCCAACUUUCUCGCCGACGUUCCCGCCUACUAAGUCGCCAAACACAUGACUCCGACUCCGACUCUGACAACAGCACUUCCGACUCGGUUUCGUGGUGCCAGCCUGCUCGAUCUCACUUGCCCUCUCACCUUGCUGACGCCUCUUCCCCCGCCAACAGCGCCGUCCGCAUGUCAUCUAGCGCCGUUGAGGGGCCUAACGCGCCUUCUGCCAGCCACCAUUCACAGUCUACACUACCACCCUCGCAGUCCAGAAACGAUGGCCAGUCAGACAUGGACAUACCCGACAGCGACGGACAAGAUUCUGACCCCGAAGUCGACUCUGGUGGUGCUGCGCUGGCGUUGAUGGCCCCAGUCCGCCCCCCCCAACCUACCAACGUCAUGCCCACACCCGAGCCAGAUCUUGACUACCUAUCCGAUGCCUAUCAUGAAGAAUACGACGAUGACGAUGACGACGACGAUAGCGAUCAUUACAUGCAACACAUGCAGCAUCAGCCAAGUUCCUUAGAACCGAUGGCCCCCAUCGCACCCGCACCUAUGUUCCCCCAUUAUCCAGGCAGUGCUUCCUUCUUCCAAAACACCCCUCCCAAUAUGCCUGUCCAUCAGCCACAAAUGCCGGUUCAACCCAUCACAUUUGGCAUGCCUGCUGGUCCUACCGACCUAGCCAACUUGCCGCCGCUUCACCAGCCGCCUCCCAACUGGGUCCCUCUGCCAGCCUUCCUCGCCGACCAAAACUUGACCAUUAGCGAUGCGAUCCCGGCUAUACUCGGAUCUGAGAACCUCGACUUGGUCGACUUCUUGCGUGACUGGGCCUACCAGGGCCGCUAUGGCCGCGCUGGGCGAUCGCAACCCCCUUUGCUCGAUGAGCUGAUGCGCCAAACGCAAGAGCAGCCUGACGAGAUCAGCUUUGCCCAACUCGAAGGCGACCAGUAUGAUUUGCAGGGUUUCAAUUGGGCCGCCAUGAAAACUACACGCAAGGCUGCAAGAUUGCGACGGCAACAUACCUACAGAAAUUAUGUAAACAGAAUGGGCUCAGAUAGAUGGAUGGCAAGUAUCCCCGCCUUCCCCUUAAGACUUGAUUCUAAUCAGUUUUGUCUGCAGACGCCUCACCAACCCCUAUCCUCUCGUGAGAGUUUUUACCGAUUCAAUAGAAUGCACAUUCGCAGAGACGUCUGCCUCGCCCACUUUCAGCUUCGCAGUGUUCUCGCCUGCCCAACCCGCACACACGCCUACUAUCCCACACCUCAGGGUAUCGCACGUAUGAAUCUGGCAUCUGGAAAGUCUGAGACGUUCAUGAACACGCGCGACUUCCCGGCAGCCGGGGCCGUCAUCUCGACUGUGGAUGCCGAUUGCGGCGUUCUCAUGUGCGGAACGUUCAAUGGCGAGUAUUGCAUCAAGAGACUCGAUGCGCCUGAAAAGCACGCUUACACCGAGGGUCAAAUUACAUCGGAUCCCGGCGGAAUCACCAAUCAUAUUAAAAUUCACAAACCCCGGCGUUCUUGCGGACCUGCGGCUGCCAUAGCGAGUAACGAUCAUGGUUUUCGACUGCUGGACUUGGAAACGCAAACGAUUGUACAAGAGAAGAGGUACCCGUUUGCUCUUAACUGCACAGCUGUAUCUCCGGACCGACGACUGCGGACCGUGGUAGGCGAUCACUUCAAUGUUCUCAUUACCAAUGCCGACACGGGCGAAGUGUUGCAGGAACUUGGCGGCCACCGCGACUACGGCUUCGCCUGCGACUGGUCCGAUGACGGUUGGACCGUUGCCACGGGCUUUCAAGACAUGGCUGUCAAGAUUUGGGAUGCCAGGCGCUGGUGCAACACGAGCGGGCAAUCGACACCGCUGUGUACAAUACGCACAGAGAUGGCGGGCGCUCGUAGCUUGCGCUUCUCUCCCCUUGGCAGUGGCCCGCCUGUGCUGGUUGCUGCUGAGGAGGCUGAUUUUGUCAACAUUAUCGACGCCAAGAUGUUCCACUACAGGCAAGAGAUUGACGUCUUUGGCGAAAUUGGCGGCAUAGCCUUUGCCAAUGACGGCCAGGAUCUCAACGUGCUUUGCUGCGACUCGCAGCGUGGUGGCCUCUUGCAGCUACAACGCUGCCGUGGCCGACGCAAUUUUAUGCGUAGCUACGAUGAAGACUCAAUGGCAAAUCGCCACUCUUGGCUCCCAGACACGGACAUUACACCCGCCAUGGACAAAAUUCCUACAUUUUUUUAA